AUGUCAAACAUAGAAAACGAUCAGUCUAUACUCGACACAGUCAACCGCCUGAAGGACAUAUUGCGCGACGUGCCCGCCGAUGAGCAGCCCGCCAAAGCCGCCGCCUUGUUCUCACGCCCGAUUGACCCUUCGCUAUGCUUCAUCGGGCGUCUACCGCCCGAGCUCCUUCUACACAUAUUCACCUACUGCAAAUACUUCGACACCGACAGUCGGAGAUGGCCCUGGUGGGCGGACGUUCACAUGAGGGAUUUCAAUCGCCCAUGGCCUACCGUACUUGCUCUCUCGCACGCAUGCAGAGACUGGCGACACGUCACAAACUCGCACGGCGCGUUGUGGACCGAAAUCUUGGUUGAUAACGAGCGGUGGACCGAUUUGUACAUCGAACGCUCGCGUGACGCGCCCUUACAUCUAUCCUUCGAACCCUUCGCUGAUCGUCGCGGUUGGUCGGGCAAUGUCCAGUCUGAGUCUUACUUCGACGCUGCUCUAUGCACCCUAGACGCCCUUGGUCGCGUACGCGAACUCGACAUAUGCGGUCCUUUGAACACCGAGGAGUUGUCGACUCUGUUCACAGCUGGGGUAGAGCACGCGUUAAUGGUAUUCAACGGUGACAUGGUCAUGAUCAAACCUGAAGAUUUCAUCUGUACCCCACCUUCCCUGCGCAUUCUGAGCCUCAAGGACUUCUGGACAAAUUCCCGCAUGCGUCUCUUCCAUGCACCGUUGACAAGUCUCUCGUUGUCGAGGACGUACUGUGGUUACCCCGGACCUCACAUCGAUGAACGACUUGUCAGCCCCGUGGUGGAGAUACUCGGCCGCAUACCCACCCUAGAACAUCUCGUGGUGACGUUAUCCACCAAUGAGGAUGAGGACUUCCAUCACUUAGUAGAUGCGAGAGGUCCACAUCCUACGAAGGCAUCCUUACCUCACUUGGAGACUCUUCAUGUUCACGACGAACUGCCGCAGGCGCUAUCCCUCAUCGAAUCACUCACCCUACCGCCAAAUGUGAAGCUAUCAGUCGUCUCUGAGGCGUGGGGAGAGUAUGACAGAGAGGAGAUAAUACACGAGAGCGCGUGGCAGAUACCUUCCUAUGAUGCACGUCUACGAGACAUUCUUCAUGUCCAAUACGCCGAAUCGAGCAACCAGGGCGCACGGUUCACUCGAUUGAAUAUUAUGGACUCCCAAGAGGCGGAGAUCAACACUUCAUCUGUUACCAUUGAGCUUCUUGAUCCCUCCACGCCACAGUUACCUGACAGUCUUCUUCUCACCGUAGACUGCGAGAUGUACCUCCAGGGCAGCGCGCCAGGAGUCAAGGCUCUCCUUCGUUUGAUACCAUCGCUCCCUCCGGUUGACGGUGUACGUAAUCUGGAGAUAUACGUCGAUACGGACGAGGAGAGCUGGGAGGGCAUGCGCGCACCAUUCGCGUCGGUUACUCACCUGACCGUGCACCUCGGAGAGGCGUUUCUAUCAUUCCUACGCACCGAUGCAGCUGGGGUCGAACCGCUAUUCCCUCGUUUGGAGCUUAUAACACUGGAUGGCUGUUACGCCUUCACACAGUGGGACGAAUUCCGCGAGUUUCUCCGCCGUCGUGGAGAACCUUCGAAGUCUAACCCUAUCGGGACUCUUGUCCAAUGGCAGGCUCUGGUAGCCGAUUUUCCGCAGACGGAGGAGGAGGAGAGAAAGUUGCUUCUUGAUAUGACGUAUGACGGAUUUAUGCCCGUGAAGUGGUGUCGACCCAGAGGCUUCCAGUACGAGUCUUCUCCAAAGAACGUGGGAACCCGAUGGAUGCUUUCCGGCGUUUAA